ACUUUCUCAACGAACGCGUAAGUUUUGCAAAAGAAAAAAAAUGAUAUUUCAACAUGAAAUUGAUUCUCACAUGGCUUUUCGAUUAAUGAACCAACAUGGUGUUAAUGAACCCAUAAAAUUAAUAUCAAUGUGCCCAACAAUGGAUUUGCUUGCAGUUUGUACUGAAACAGAUUCCGUUUGGGUAGCUAGGUGGUUUAAUGCCUUAGAAAAAAUUUGGACUUUGCCAGCUGGAAAGCAUGGCAAUGACAAAGUAGAGGCAUUAGCAUGGAGACCCGACGGAAAAGUAAUUGCAUUAGGAUAUUCAAGCGGAGCUAUUAGACUAUACAACGUUGAUAAACUGGAAAUGAUACAUGAAUUGUUUCCUCAACCUAUUGAUCCGCAACAAUCAUUUGAAUCAAUAAAACCAUCUGCAAUAAACUUUCUGAUUUGGGUUCAGGAGAAUGAAAACGAUAGCGAAAUCGUGAAAGAACAACAGAUCAAUUAUAUUAGUACACAUCCUGUACAGGGAUAUUUACCUAAACUUAGCGCAAUUCCGCGUGCAAAACCAAUAAGUAAUCUGUUGGGAAACAUUAACGAAUCUCAUGAGGAUGAGAUUGAAAAUGAAAAAUCUAAUCUUAUUGAUUUACUUAUAGCGGCUUCAGUAACACCGGAUCUCUCUCACAUCACAUUGUUGGUUCUCGCGAGCUAUACAGCCGUGGUAACCAAAACUUCAGAAAAUGAACGAUUAGUUGAAGUUACUCUUAAUACGGGAUUGCUUUAUACGCAUAAAAAUGAAAUAAGAAUUUUAUCUCAAACAUAUACUAUUAUCAAAUACUUGGCGGAGUAUAUAUUUGAAGGCAUUAAACAGAUCAAGGCAGAACACGAAAGUAUGAAAGCAAACGCAAAGAUAUUUAUUGAUAAAUUUCAAUUAGUACUAUCAGAAAGUAAUGCCAACUCGAAAUUGUCUGCAGAGUUUGUACAUUUUCUAGCCACUGGAAAACCGAGUUCUUUGCUACAUAAAUAUCUGGAAAUGCAUCUUACAAAAAGGGGGUUGAAGGAUUGGGAAAGCAAAGGCCAAAAGUCUUUUGAACAAAUUCGUGAAUAUAUACACCAUUAUAUUAGGCCAGGUUGCGAAAGGUUGCUUUUACAAUUGAGCACACUGAUUGGAUAUUGUAAAUGGCAGCAAAAAUUCAAGGGUCUUGGAUUGUCUGAGUCAUAUGUUCAUUCCAUUAUAAUUUCUACUGGAUGUCUUGUUAACCGUCUUGAAGAUGUAUUAAAUAUAAUUGAUGAAAAAUACACAAGUUUUAUGGAAUUUCAGCAAUGGCUUCAAUAUGGUUCAAUAGAUCAUAAUCAAACUCAAGAAACACCACCACUUACUAACAUUAGUAAGAUUGCCUCUUAUAUAAAAAAUUCUUUGCAUAUGGAUUUUUUGGAUAGUUAUUUCACGGAAUCAGGGGAAACGGUAAAGAUUUCUUUGCCUGAUGUUAAAUUCCCAAAUGCUGCUUUGAUGGAUCUUUAUGAAGGAUGUGAUCCACUAGUUCUUUCAUUUGAACCUAAAAGUUCAGCGUCGUAUAUAGAAAGUUCUUUUAAGGCAGCCGCACCCGCAUAUCCUUAUGACUUUUUUUCUUGUCAAAAAGAAGAUUGGUUUCCUCCAACAUUUCAAUCAUUUGUUGACAUGUUAAUAUUACGAUGUAAUAAAAUGUCCACCUCAACAGCAUAUAAUGUUGUUAAUUCAGUUAAGGCAGAAGAAUUUUUGUACAUAAUUGAUAAUAUUAUAAAUUAUGACUUCAUGAAUAACAAGAGUUUGGAAGGAACUCAAUUAUUAUUAUUAGACACACGAAUCGUAAUUAAGGAAUAUCAAACGUUUUUAUAUAUCGCUUUUUGCUUAUCCGGAUCAGUUCAAUAUUCACCACCAUCCUUGUGGGUUCUCCGAUCAUCAUUAAUAUCUGAAAGCACACCAAAUCUGGAAUUUAAUCCUGAAAAAUCCCUUGAUAAACGUACCAGUGAAAUUUCCGUUAUCGAACUCUCAAAUAAGGAGCAACUAAAUAAGUAUCUUAUAAUAACAGAUAUGCAAUUAUUCGACGAUGAGAAAAUGCAUUUAAUCAUAACUGGACUUGAUGAAUCAGAAAAUGAAGUAAAUUGUAUAGUAGAAGUGAAUUACACAGAACUAAAUUUUGAUCAAGUUAUCGAACCACGCACAAUACAAGCGAUAGAAAAUACAAACAGAAUCAAUGUUGUUGAUCAAGUAUUGAACCAAAAGAAUUUGGAAAAGUUCACACCUCUUUUAGUACAACAAUAUCGUGUUAUUUCACAGUUCAAACCAUUAAAACUAACAACCAAUGGUGCUAGAGGAUUAGCUUGUAUCUUAAGUGAAGAUAAAAAAAAAAUAAUUAUACUUGAUACAAAUGAUCAAGAAGACGAAGAUGAUACAGAAAACGAUAAUGAAAUGAUGGAAGAAUAA